AGAAGCCGUUGAUGGAUGAUGCCUCGCUCUCUAUAUAAAUUCACAACUCUUUCUCCAUUCUACCGUUUCGCUUUCCGUGAGUUCCAACCAAAAUCCUGUUGAGAUUCUUGUUGUUGCGUUUGAUUUUUGCUUGAUAAUCGGAGGAUAUGGCUCGAACUAAGCAAACUGCCCGUAAGUCUACCGGUGGAAAGGCUCCGAGGAAGCAGCUUGCUACGAAGGCUGCCCGGAAAUCAGCCCCUACCACUGGUGGAGUGAAGAAGCCCCAUCGUUAUCGUCCUGGAACUGUUGCUCUCCGUGAAAUCCGCAAGUAUCAGAAGAGCACUGAGCUCCUUAUCCGCAAGCUUCCCUUCCAGAGGCUUGUCCGUGAGAUUGCCCAGGACUUCAAGACUGAUCUGAGGUUCCAAAGUCAUGCUGUGCUCGCGCUCCAGGAGGCUGCGGAAGCAUACCUAGUUGGUCUGUUUGAGGACACCAACCUGUGUGCCAUCCAUGCCAAGAGGGUUACCAUCAUGCCGAAGGACAUUCAGCUGGCUAGGCGCAUUAGAGGGGAGCGCGCUUAAACCCUGCAACUAUUGGGGACUGAUCUUGUUACUAGUAGGAUUGUGCAGUAGACAUAACCUUUUGCUUUGCUCUCAAGUCUCAAUGCCUAGUUGAUUGUGAUAAAAAAUGAUUUUAAGACGGUAAUUGUUUCUUGUUUUUAUAUUGUUGUGGUCAUAUUUGCCAUAAUGAUGAAUAUACUGUUUGGAUUUUAAUUUAUUGUCGGCUAUGCUUAUUGAAGUUUUA